UAAUUAAACAAACCUAGAAAACCACGGUAUGUCGGAUUUGGUAAUGUUUGAGCCAGGAGCAAGUACGAGUACGGAUGUGCCCACAAAUACGGAUCAAACUGCAAUGUCGACAACACAAGUGGUUGAUGCACUCGAAUGUGACACUUUCGAAGGGCUCAUGAAUGUCAAUGAAACUUAUGUGGAAAUCUUGGAUUCGGCUCUUCUUUCUGUUCAGCAACAUUUAGACGACAAUUUAAAGCGACAACAACAAUUGAAGGAGGAAUAUCGUUUGUACAAUCGUGCUGACAUUACAAAACGCAAAGUUCCCGUUCACUUGUAUAUGCCACCAUAUUUUAAAGAUGAUAAUAACAUGUACCCACCAAUGAGCUCAGAGGCUCGCGAAAAGCAAGUCUUAAAAUGGUUCGACCCAAUGAUGAAAGAGGAGAAAAAAUGGACACCAUCUGAAAUAAAAACACUCCGGACAUCUGUUAAAAACGCAUUGGUGGCUCAUCAGGUUCAACCGUGGUGUUCUAGACGAGAUAUCGUUGCCUCAAAACUUCGAGACGCUGAUAUCACUACAUCGAAUUUCGAUCGACGUCAAUGGACUAUGGAGCUGGAAGAUUUGAUGAGAAAAAUUGCCUAUGUUCGAGAAAAAAGUGAAGAAGAAGUAUUGACUGCUUCGGCUGAUUAUACCGUUGUUCCAUGGACUGCAAUAGCCAACUUCGACUUCAAAGGCUCUAGAACGGAAUGGGCGGUGAAAUCGAAAUGGUACAAUGAAUUGAAUCCAAAGUGGAACAAAGAACAUUGGUCAAAUGAAGAAGUAGAAAAGCUGAAAUACCUUCGAGAAAGUCCAAAGUUUGUCUCCUGGCCGAUGCUGGCUCUGAAUCUCGGUACAAAUCGAACAUCUUAUCAAUGUAUGGAAAAGUACAAAACCGAAGUGUCUCAACAUUCAAAAGAAUGGUCUCAAGACGAAGACACCAAGUUAAUUGCGCUCACAAAAAUUACAUCGAUCAACGGACAUAUUCAAUGGGAUAAAGUUGCACAAUGUAUGCCUGGAAGAACUCGUCAACAAGUCAGAACUAGAUUCUCGCAUACUCUCGAUGCAUCGGUUAAGCAUGGAAGAUGGACUGAUCAAGAAGAUGUGCUUCUUGUCUGUGCAGUUUCACGAUAUGGAGCAAAAGAUUGGGCAAAAGUUGCUCAGGCGGUGCAAAAUCGUAACGAUUCUCAAUGCCGCGAACGCUGGACGAAUGUGUUGAAUCGUUCAGCUCAUGUCAACGAACGGUUCACGCUGGUUGAAGACGAACAACUUUUGUAUGCGGUAAAAGUAUUUGGAAAAGGAAAUUGGGCUAAAUGUCAGAUGCUCUUGCCAAAAAAGACAUCGAGACAGUUGAGAAGACGAUAUUUGCAGUUAAUUGCAGCCAAGUUGAGAUUGGCUGCCGGAUUCUGCAACGCGGUCGAUGCCAUGAAAUCCGGAAGACGUGCUCCUGAAGAGGACGAGCUGGAGCAAGAAGAUAUUGUGGAAGCGGAGCAGAUUCCAAAUGAACUCAUGAAAGAAGUUUAUGAGAAAUUCGCCAACGAAAAUCCGGAUAUGAAUGAGACUCCCGAAGAAUUUUACAAACGUGUAUCUGCCUUGGAGAGACCAGCCGCCGCUAGAAUUCGAGCUCUGAAGAAUAAGCCGGAUUAUCAAAAAAUCCAAGAUAAAAUCAACGAAAUUGUUCAAAAGCACAAAAAUGCAGCCGAAAUCGACAAAGAACUACACUCCAGUGAAAUUCUCUCAUCGCUCACAAUCACGGAAGUUGAUGUUCGUUACAUGAUAGAAAGAAGCAAGACUUUGACGCGUUACUACGAGGCUCGACAGUUUAGAAAGAACGUGGAUCAAAUCGGAUGUCGUGUUCGUCCGAUUAAGAUCGAUUUGGAUCCAGAAACAAUGCCAACAUUUGAUCCAAAUGAUGCUGAAGAUGAAAAGCAAAUGGUCAUUGUGGAGUCGUUGUGCUCUGUAAUUCGUGCUCACGACGUAAAAGAAUGGGGCACUAAGUUUUGGAAUGAACAUCGCUUCACAGCGCCGAAAUACGCUAAAAGAUUUGUGGAGAAUAUGGUCAUAAACAAGUCAAAAGAAGUCGCUGAAUGGUAUUUACAUGUUAACUCAAAGUCAUGCAAUCAAAAUGAUGUACAUUGCCCAGCCAAGUCAACUCUUCCUCCGACUGCUGCAUCAUUCGAUCUUCACAAAAUGCUUCAAAAAGCCCGUUCUGGAUUGAAUCGUCUUUCUGCUGAACACUUUUACCCUCUUGAUGUCUCUCUGGCUCAACAAUUCAACUUCAAAAACGACGAGAGAGAGGGCCUCGACGGAGACAGACGUAUGCAUAUCGGGUUGUCUGAUGAGGUCACCAAUAGUAAAGAGUAUGCGAAUUUUUAUGCUCGAAUGCGUUCGAUUCUUCUCGAACCAAUGCGUCUUGGAAUUGCUCGUGAAUCGUCGUCUGAUGAAACCAAGCGGCUUGUGCGCUGUCUUGCAGAGGAACGCGCCUGCGAUGAAGAACAACAAGUUACCUGUGACCAAAUAAGACGACGCCGGAUGCCUGAUGACGAGAUCUAUGUUACUCCAACUUCAAUCUCUAGAGAACUAAAUAACGGCAUGAAAAUCGAUACCACCGAGUUGUUGGCUAAUCUGGACAAGAAUUCUGCGAAGAAAAUCAGAAUGAAAAGGAAGAUUGGAGAGACCGUUGCGACAGUUGCAGCGCGUCCUGCUCGUCCACCGCGUUCAUCUGCAGGUACACCCACUCCAAGUCACGUCUCGAUCGAUACGGAGAGUAAUAUUUCGCUCAAAGUGGAGUUAGAUUGAAUAUUCUAUUAUUGAACAAUAUAACUAUUUUACCCAACUCUAUGUCAUCCUCUCCUGUGCAGUUUUACAUCACUUUUUUAAACUGAACCCAUUAAAAGUUGAUCUCCUAAGAUUAUUUCACUUUUGUUUUAUUAACAAUCUCAGCUCUUUAUGAACACCAUCUGUUAAAUUUGUUUUUCUUUUUCUAAUAAAAUGGUUUUAUAGGC